UAGCCUCAGCCAAUGAGCACGCACGUCGGCGCGCACUUGGGGACGUUCUGUGACGUGUCUGCUUUAUCAGGCGUCUUCCCGCGCCGCAGCCUCCCUGUUCUCCUUGCACCUCAGAGCUUGCUGUUUCUCAGGCCGUUUCCCUUUUUAAUUUCCAGGACUUCGGUUACCUGCCAUGUCUUCUGAAGAAGGAAAGCUGUUCGUGGGAGGGCUCAACUUCAACACCGAUGAGCAGGCGCUUGAAGACCACUUCAGCAGCUUUGGGCCUAUUUCUGAGGUGGUUGUUGUCAAGGACCGGGAGACUCAGCGAUCCCGGGGUUUUGGCUUCAUCACCUUCACCAAUCCAGAGCAUGCCUCAGAUGCUAUGAGAGCCAUGAAUGGAGAGUCUCUGGAUGGGCGCCAGAUCCGUGUGGACCAUGCAGGCAAGUCUGCCCGGGGCACCAGAGGGGGUGCCUUUGGGGCCCAUGGGCGAGGUCGCAGCUACUCCAGAGGUGGUGGGGACCAGGGCUAUGGAAGUGGCAGGUAUGACAGUCGACCUGGAGGAUAUGGAUAUGGAUAUGGACGGUCCAGAGACUACAGCGGCAGAAGCCAGGGUGGUUAUGACCGCUACUCAGGAGGAAAUUACAGAGACAAUUAUGACAACUGAGAUGAGACAUGCACACAUAAUGUAGAUACACAAGGAAUAACACUUCUGAUCCAGGAUCGUCCUUCCAAAUUGCUGUAUUUAUAAAGAUUUUUGGAGCUGCGUUGAAACAUCUGUUUUAGUACACCUAUUUUUGAACUGAGCUCCCAAGGUAGCUUGUUAAAGACCUUUUAGAAAGCUCCAUGUUUUCUUUACACAUUUUUUCUCAUUUGAAGACAAAUUCUGAGACAUUUCUAGAAUCCCAAUAUUUGCCCUUUUGCCAGAAUUUUUGGGAUUAUUCUGAUAAAAAAAAAGUGUGGACAGACUGAUGUUUUUAAAAUUAAUAUGUAUCUAGGAACAUUUGUAAAACUUGUACACAAUGUUUAUUAUGGCCAGAAAGUAAUUUCUGAAUGUACCUGUAAGCAGUCUGCAUCAAGAACAUGAUUACUUAGAUGUUUUUUAUUCAAAACCACCACACUGAUUGUAUAGGAAACCUUCUUUAAAAUGUUUGUGACUGUCAUUUUUUAAUACUGGAAGAAAAAAUAUUCUGUUGUGUCUCAUGUAGUGUUUAGGAUGUCCUUCAUGGAGCUAAUUAAAAGAUGAUAUCUGAAUACAAA